AUGUAUCGACACCAGCCAGCAUUUCGGAUAGCCUGGUGUAAACGGCCCCUGGUGCAGGCCGAUCGCCGUUUUUUGUCGUCUCAGAAGACGGCGUCCACCGAUGCACCCCAAGCAUUCCAAUCGCUGCCCCCCGACUGGGAAGAUGAAGCUCCCUCGUUGUCGGACUUUACAGAGCUGCCCAAGGACUUUGGGAAGAACCAGCUGAUGAAAACGAAUGAGGAUUUCAAGCGGGCAUUGCGGGCCAUUCUCCGGAGAUUCCCCCCUGUCACGUAUGCGUUUGCCUACGGCUCUGGAGUCUUUCCCCAGUCCGCUGCGACAGCUUCGCGCACAACGCAAUCGCCUCACCCGAACCCCCCUGAGGCGAUAUUGAAAUGGCAAAAGGGCGGUGGAAAGAUGGUUGACUUCAUCCUGACGCCGCGGUUCUCGCAGCAUUUCCACUCGCUCAAUCUGCGCGAGCACAGAGACCACUAUUCUUUCCUUGGAUCGCUCGGCUCAGGAGUCGUCAGCCAUGUCCAGGAAAAGUAUGGCGCAGGCGCGUACUUUAAUCCAUACGUUGUAGUAAACGGAACCAUGAUCAAAUACGCCGUCGUCAACUACGAAACGCUCCUCCGUGAUCUCACCGAGUGGGACACGCUAUACUUUGCCGGCCGCCUGCACAAGCCCGUCAAGAUCCUACACGAAGAGCCCAAUCUACGCGUCGCGAACCAACGCAACCUCCUCUCCGCGGUACGAUGCGCGCUUCUGCUGCUACCCGAGGCGUUUACCGAGAAGGAACUAUACUCUACAAUCACAGGCUUGAGCUAUCAGGGGGACCCGCGCAUGCAGUAUGGUAGCGAAAAUCCCAGAAAGAUUGACAACAUCGUCACGCACCAGAUACGCAACUUCCGAUACCUCUACCACGACCUGAUCAUGUCGCUCCCUAAUAUUCGAUACGCCGACGAGUCGGUGAUUCGCAAGUCGGACUGGAUGGAGGACGACGAGCUGAACCAGAGGAUGUCGCAGGAUAUGCACCCAGAGCGGCGCGCCAGCAUGGUCAGGCGGCUGCCCAAGAAGUUCCGCGAGAAGGUAUACUUUCAGUACCGCGGCAAGUUUGGCAUAUCGGGUCGCGAGUUCCAACAGAUGCUGGAAGCACGGAAAGACGAAUCCUCAGGGGGUAUCCUGAAGAAGCAGGUCGCCGGUGACUUUGACAGGCGAAUAGCAGCUGAGAAGGACAUUCCACAUAUGGUCACAAAGGCAAUCAAUCAGACCGUCAAGUGGCCAUCGACCAUACAGACGCUCAAAGGACCCUUUACAGCGGGAUUCUCAAAAUCCUGGAAGUAUCUACAAGAGAAGCGAGAAAAAGCUACAACGAAGUGAGCACAUGCUUGCAACCAUUUUUCCGGCAUGAAUUCUAGGCACAAAGCGACCAGGUCCUUUUUCUUCUUCUUUUAAUUUGGUACUCGCUACGCAAUCGCAUUAGCCGCCGUCGCGAGGCUCACGGGUCAGGCUUUGUAUACACGCAUGUAGACUUGCCGAAUGUACAAUAUUGAUGCUCAG